UAGUCGUCAAUGUUCGUCCGAUCUCUCGAAGAAGAGAAAGUUGCAGCAGUGAAACGUACGAGAGAAAUGAAUAAAAUUUGAUGAGAAGAAAGAAGAUAUUCGUUCAAAUAUUCGAAGAUUAUUGAUCUAUAUAAAGUGUAGUAAAGUGUAUUAAUGAAUUUUAUAACUUUGUGACGAAUUCCUGAUUACCUAUUGCGAAGGUACACGUUAUGCAAAUAUUAGAAGCGUGAAAAAGCGUAGUAUCGUUCGUGUAAUCGAGGUAGGCGAACCAACGAGGAAAUCCAUGGAAAGCUCGGGUCUAUGUGCCGUGGACUAAAGCGAUACCAGCGAUAAAAAUUGUAAUUAAUCACUCGUUACGUGUCCUGAGCACGCGCUCGCUCGCUCGCUCGCUCGCUAUGAGCAUAAAUUAUCGUUGGCAUGGCGAUUUAAGCCGGCUUAAUAGGUACUCGAUAAAAAAUGUGAUCCCAUUGCCUUCUCCUACUUUCGUUCAGUAUCGAAAGUGAGAAAGAAAGAGACGAUCCUUUCGAUAUCACGUACGGUCAUACUUCAUUCCUUGAAAGUUAUGGACGUUUACGAUACGUAUUAUUUUGUGACUCAACGAUUGAUGACGAUUCUUGGUAUAUGGCCUUAUCAAGAUACGAAACAUUUCCCUCGAGCUAUGUUCACUAGUUCUCGUCAAAAGUUUCUCUAUCAUUUUUCAGUUACAAAUCACUUUUCAACAUAUGAUGAAUUUGAAAGAAUUACAAAUAAUGAGUAAGAGUGUAAGAAGGAAAACUGCAUAUUAUAGAAUAAUUUUUGCAAGUGUAACGUUUAAUAUCAAUAUCGUUAAUUUACUCGCACUAACGAUAUCUAAUUGUGAUAUCUAUUCUCAAUCUUUUGGUUAAAGAACACUAUACCAUGGACAGACGACGAAUGACAAAGUUUGCAGUCGAUAGAAUCCUCUGCGCAUGUUCUUCGAAUGAUACAACGAUAUAAGACAGAAAAAUCCUUCGUAUAAUCGUUGGGAAGAAACAUCUGUUACCGUACUUGAAAACACGUUUGCACUAUUGCGAGGGGAACAUUAGAUAUUAUUUAAUUGUGCGAGGGUAGGAAUAUAAGACUAUAGCGUGAGCAAUCAAUUCGACGUUCAAAGUAACAUUUUUAUGUGAAAUUUUCUGUAGAAUAGAACGAAAGAAAACGUUAGUAUGUCUUCGAGAAGAGUAAACUAUUUCGAUCAGAAUAAGAUUCUUAAUCGAUUAAUUUUAUUUAUGAUCGGCGUAGGACCUUAUGAAAAUUCGAAGGAACGAUUUGUUCGAGUUUGUUUGUUAACUUUGUUCUUUAUACCUUUGUUCGUUCAUCAGAUUUAUCAAUUAUACAUGAUGGACUUUGAGAUGAACUUGACUGUUAGAUGGAUGCAGUUAUUUUUACCCGGUCUAUGUACGAUAAUUACAUAUUACACCGUUAUUUAUAAUUUUACAACUGUGAAAUUAAUUUAUGAACGUAUAAUGAAUGAUUAUGAACAGCUUUUGGAUGACGAGGAAUUGGAUAUUGUAAAAAAGUAUAAUAAAGAAAGCAAACUAUACAUGUUACUUAUUGCUAUCAUCUUCAAUAUUUAUCACACUUUAAUUAUUUACCCAUCUAUGUUAAGUGUGAUUUUAUAUAUCAUUGGUUUAUCGGAUAAUAUUCAAUUCAUAUUGCCAAUACCAGUUAAUUAUAUAUCUGAUUCACGAGCAUUUUAUGGUGUACUUAUUUAUGAACUCGUAGGACUUACUGUCUUAACUGUGAUAGCAUUUAUAACUUUCACAACGUAUUUGAUGUUAAUACAACACGCAUGCAAUCAAUUUAGCAUUCUUAUAAUGAAAACGCUUCAGCCAUUUAAGAAAAAACAAGAUUGUAUCGAACAGGAUUUUUAUUAUAGUGGACCUCAGAAGGAGUACGAUUGGAUAGUUGAUAUAAUAAAUCGUUAUAUAAAGGCCACGCAGUUCGUUGACCUGAUAAAUUCAUUAUCCGAGAUAAUUUAUUUAGUUGAGAUUUUCUUUGGGAUGAUCCUGAUUGUUGUUGAUUUUAUUUACACGUUUCAAAUGUCUGUACUAUUAGAGAAUACAGGCGAAGCAAUAGGAUGUUGUAUCUACAUCAUUACAUCUGUAUUUCUUAUAUACAUUAAUUUUUAUAUUGGACAAAAGCUCUUAGAUCAUAGUAAUGCAACAUACAUGGAAUUGUGUAAAGUUCCAUUCUAUGCACUUACUAUCAAAACUCAAAAGCUAUUUUUAUUCGUCAUAACAAGAAGUAUGAAGUCAGCCGAACUUUCAAUAGGUGGUUUAUUCGUUUCUUCUCACGAAGUUUUUGCUGCGUUAAUACAAAAAGCAUUUUCGGUUGCUACAAUGUAUUAUAAUAUGCAAUAAGCAAAAUUGAUCUUGUAAUAGUGAAAAUAUGUAUGAUAGUGUAAUAGUGAAGAUAUUAAAUUUAAUUUAUUAGUAUCAUUACUUCCAAAAAAAAAAAAAAACAAAAAAACAAAAAUAUUAAAAACCUAUACUCACAUGUAGUAAAUACCACGAUUAUAGUAAAUAUUAAAAUGUAUAGUACGCACAUCAGGAUUUACUUUAAGAAUAAUAGUAGAUAAAAUGCUAGACAAAGUCUACUACAAGAUUAAUUAAUGUCUUAGCUAUUUCUUGUCUC